AUGGCCGGUGGUCGGCUCGUCUCCCCCACGGAUGCGGCUCUAAUAUCCGAUCUUGUUGAUCUACUCCAGGGUCUGUACGAUGCGGGACUAGCGGAGACCACCUGGCUGCUUGGCGGCCCUAGCGACGAACGCGGGGAGCGCGACUCUGAUGCGUGGCGUACCGCGGCGCUGCGGAGGGACACGAAUCAGGAGUAUCGGAUUACGGCUGUGCCUGCCUCUGCGGUGUAUCCAUUCGUAUGCAGUUUGUCGCAUAUUGCGCGACGACGGCUACUUUUUCAACAACAGUUAAUACCCAGAGGAGCCAGCCGACUGAGCAGCAGCACCCCAUCAUCCGUCUUCUUUUUUCCGAGGCAACCCACCGAUUUUGUGGCCCUACCUUGCCAGGCGGACGCCACCACCUCCCUCGCUUAUACCAAGUUCCACUGUACAGCCACCAACAAGUUGGGCUCCGUGCGUAGCCCCUCCGUUCUUGUGCGCGCCGCUUUUGUGGAGGCAUUUGCCCAACGACGCUUCGAUGUGUUCCCCCUGGCCGACGGUGGGGCGAGGCUGGAAUGUAUGGCCCCGGCUCAUCAGCCUAGUAAGUUGACUUCGGGUGGAAGCGUU